AUGGUCCAGCAAGCUCCUGUCCUCUUGGAUCACUUCCGCAGUCAAUUGCAAAAGCACCCUUUGUCAAUCGCGGUUGAGGAUGGCACAAAAUCCCCAGACCAGAAAACCUGGGAGUCCAUCACAUACGCUCAGCUCGACGCUCUCUCUGAGCAAUGGAGCAAGCGGCUUCGUCUCGCUGGCAUUGGCCCCGGCUGCGUGGUUCCCCUUUUAUCUAACAGAUCAAUUGCCAUGGUAGCCGCCACACUGGCAAUCUUGAAACUUCGCGCAGCUUAUGUGCCCAUGGACACAUGCUCGUGGGGACAAGAUAGAAUAGAAACCGUUCUCAGAACCGUCAGCCCACAGCUCAUCGUGUCAACAUCUACUUGUCCGCAGGAUCAGUACUCAUACCCAGUUUUGCAUUUGGGCCUCGAUAACUCCAGUGGCUUCAGUAAAAUAGCAGCGUGUAAUGGAUCUCGCUGCAUACCAGAGGAUGGGGGCUUCGAAGACAGAGGGAACGAUCUGGCAUACAUCAUCUUCACAUCCGGCACGACAGGGAAACCGAAGGGAGUGCAGAUCGGCCAGAGAUCCAUCUCUCUUUAUGUGAAAGAGGGAGGUGAUUUGCCAUUUAAUUUCAACACUAAACAUGGCACAAGGGUAUUGCUCAUCUGUUCAAUUGCUUUUGACGUCUGUGCCGGGGUCAUGUUCAAUACCCUCUGCAACGGCGGAACCCUUGUUCUGGCUGAUCCGUCUACAUUUGAAGUCGCCGCCAGAACAUGUCACAUUCUACCAUUGACUCCGAGUAUUCUUGUAACAUUGGACCCUGGAGCUAGCUUCGAUAGAGUGGAAGCGAUCUUCCUCGGCGGCGAAAGUCCAAGCCCAUCCCUGAUAGAGGCAUGGUCCUCUCCCCGCCGGAUGAUUUACAAUUCGUAUGGGCCAACCGAGACAACCUGUACAGCCCUUAUGGGGGAACUCAAGCCAGGAUGCCCUGUUACUAUCGGCUUUCCAAUCUCAUAUAGCACCGUCAUGUUGCUUGAUGAGGCUGGGGUGGAAACCACAGAAGGCGAAAUCUGCAUUUCUGGCCUAGGUCUGGCAUGGGGAUAUUUCUAUGACCCGGAUCGAACAAACAGCGCUUUUGUCAGAAGGGGGGAGACCAUGGUUUACAAGACGGGUGACUAUGGGAAAUGGACCGAGGACGGACUGCAAUUUUGUGGCCGCAGAGACAGUUUGGUCAAGAAUAGAGGGUUCUUGAUCAAUCUCGAAGCGGACGUCGAGCCUGCUUUGCGGUCCUUUGGCAAGGUCGACAGAGUAUCAGCUUUCAUGUCACAGGGCCGACUAGUCGCUUUCGUUACGCCAGUAUCUGCCAAGGAGGGACUUCGCGAUUAUCUUGCGAGUACCGUCUCCUCCUUCCUAGUCCCUGACACGAUAUACUCGCUAGAUGAGUUCCCCACGACAGGCAACGGCAAAGUCGACCGAAAAAGGCUCCUGCAUAUGCAUGAGCUAGAGCAAUCAUCAGAUACGGCCAGCCUUGAGAGUGGGCUUGAUCCAGUUGAAGCAGUUCGUAGAGGACUUUCACAUGUCCUCAAACUUCCAAGAUCUCGCAUUCUCCAGACAUCCUCUUUCCGCCAGCUUGGAGGCCACUCACUAGCAGCAAUCAUGCUAGUCUCGGCCCUCAAGGGAAUGGGGUUCGGUAUCAGUGUCACUCAAGUGCUUCAGUUGGAUACAGUUGGAACUAUAGCUGCGGCUGUCGAAACGUUUGCCGAUGAUUCGCAUGCUUUAUUCUCUCCUGAAGAUGCGACAGAACGGCUAAUGCAUGAGAUGACGACUACCCUGCCGCUUGAAGGUGCGACUCUUGCACCCAUGGCCGAUAUUCAAACCAGGAUGCUCAGCGGCAGUGUGGCCGCACCGGGUCUAUCAUUUAUCAAGACGUCCUUCACUUUCCAUCACCCGGGUAAAAAAGACCUUACGUCCGUCCUCCACGGUUCUUGGCACCGUCUUUGUCGGCGCCAUGAGAUCCUGAGAACGUCCUUUGUCCUAAGUGCAUCAAAUGGAGUCCAAGUGAUAACCAAGGAGCCGGGGUUCUCGUGGGGAGAAGACAUCGUCAAGGAAUCUGAACGGGAAUCAGUCUGUCAACGCAAAGAGCUUCUAGAUGUGGAAGACUUUGUAGACUUUGACGUAGAGGAUCAAGCGUCACUAUCAAGAGUUGUUCUAAUUGUUGCCCCCAACAAGCAAACGCGGUUCAUUUGGACAGUCCAUCACAGCUUGAUCGACGGAUGGUCGAUGGCAACUCUUAUGCGAGACUUUGCCGACUGUCUCGAAAACAGAACAAUGCCGGCACCACCGCAAUUUUCUCAGGUUGUCCAAGAGAUAGAUCGGCUCAAGGUCGAGUCCUCAGCUAGGGCUGUCUCAUUCUGGAAAAGAUACUUGGAUCGAUAUACACCAGUCCCAAGGCUUCGAGUAUCACCACCCACUGAUGUCAGUGACUAUACACAAGCAUCUUUAUCGCAAAGAUUAACCGUUAGUGUAUCUGAACUGGAGGAUGCGGCCAAAGAUCGAUUUCAAGUUUCACCAGCCACUUUGCUUUACGCCGCUUGGGGACUUCUCAUUUCCAGGUACUCAGGAACAGACCGAGCAGUACUCGGCGCUGUUCUGUCUGGAAGGAGCUUACCGAUACCUGGCAUAGAGAACAUUGUUGGCCCAUUGAUUAAUGUAUUACCACUGGCCAUAGAUUCUCGGGAGGAGCAGUCAGCACACAAUUAUGUGCAAGCUGUGUUCAGAAGUCUAUGUGAUCUCUUGGAAUUUCAGUGGUCUCCUGCUGCGUUGAUCCAAGAUGGCUGUGGAUGCAACCCUGCAGAGCUCUUCGAGACACUUUUUGCUUCGCAGUAUGGCUUCCCAGAAUCUCCUUGGAAUUCACUCGAUGUUCCUCAACCUAGCGAUAUCCGCUAUUGUGAGGCCACUCAAGUUCCACUUACUGUUCUGUUGAACAGUACUGAGGGCCACUUUGACGUCCAAUUCAUUUAUCGCCGGUCACAUUUCAGCAAUGCCGUCGUCCAGAGGAUGAUCUCUCAGCUCGAUAAUCUCCUCUCGUCCCUGACUACUGCGGAUCCAGACACAGAAUUGAGAAACGUGACGGGGAGAAUGCUCGAGGAAGAUGGGCAGUACGAAAUAUCGAAUGUAAAAUCUAGGCUGCUGGACAGCUCUGGCGAAGUGCCGCACAACCUAGUCGAGGCUGUUGAAAAUUCCAUCCAGGCGCAUCCUGACAUGUAUGCAGUCGAAGCACCGACGGGGAGCCUCACAUAUCGAGAGUUUGGAAGACUGACAGAGCACAUUGCCGAGUGUAUUCUGCAGCACAACGGACGGGCCAGUGUUGUCUGCGUGGUGAGUGAUGGUUCCCUGCUUUGGCUUCUUGCCAUGAUUGCAACAGUUCGAGCAGGGGCUAUCUACUGUCCAAUCGAUGAGAAACUGCCUCGUGUCAGAAAGGAUUACAUGAUGAAAAGCAGUGGAGCUACAUUGGUUCUAUUUACCAAGUCCAGUCAGGAGCCGGUAUACGACGGUAUGACGUCUUUAGUCAUCGAGUCCAUUAUAGCGAGCAUGUCUUCAGCUUCUGCAUCAGCCACUCCCGUCAGCCAUAAUUAUCGCAGCGGCGAUGAUAUCGCUUGCUUGAUCUUCACUUCAGGAAGUACGGGCUUACCAAAAGCCGUCCAGCUGCAGCACAAAGGCAUUCUUAACGUAGUCUCCCAGCCAGAAGGUCGACUUUACUCCCGUCCGGGCCAGCGAAAUGCACAAAUGCUCUCUGUUGGGUUUGAUUGCUGCAUCAAAGAGGUCUUCUCCACCAUCUGCUUCGGAGCCACCUUGGUUUUAAAAGACCCAGAGAACCCUAUUGCCCAUCUUACGAAAGUUGAUGCAACCAUGGCAACCCCAUCCCUACUUGCAACCUUGGAACCCGAUCACUAUCCUAAUCUCAAGGUCAUCACCGUUGCUGGAGAGGCCGUGUCUCGGGUUCUUAACGAUAAAUGGGCUUCUGGAAGAACCUUGACCAAUGCGUAUGGGCCUGCCGAGUGCACUUUAAUAUCGACCACAGCAAUCCUCCACCCGGGAAGCAAAGUGUCGAUCGGGAAGCCACUCCCAGGCUUGUCAUGUCAUUUUCGCGACUCCCUUGGACGCCCUGUGCCCAAGGGAGUAAGUGGAGAGAUAUAUAUCUCGGGAGUACAGGUUACUCCUGGUUAUCUUCACAACGAGCAGGAAACAGUCAAACGCUUCCUUAGCGACCCGCUAAGUCCUGGCCAAACAAUGUUUCGGACAGGAGAUAUCGGGAGAAAGCUAGAAAAUGGGAGCAUUGAGUACAUCGGACGAGAAGACGAUCAGAUUAAGCUCCGCGGCUUUCGAAUCGACCUUGGAGAAGUUCAAUGCACAAUCUCUAAUCUUGCCACUGAAGCCAAACACGUUACCCUAGUUGUGUCUAACGGUAAUCUGAUUGCCUUUAUGACGCCUGAGAACAUCGACGUCGAGAGCUUAACUAAAAGCCUGGAGUGGCACCUCCCGCAUUACGCCGUCCCCCAUCAAAUCAUCGCCCUUGCAAAACUCCCUACUUCGGCAAACAACAAGGUCGACUCACUUGCAUUGCAAAUGUACCUGAAAGAUCGAAGAACUAGCGGUGUUACUGUCGAAGGACCUGAAACGGAUACACAGCGAACUCUUGCAGCCAUUUGGGCAGACGUGCUUAAGCGCGAUCUAAACCAGAUGCCUAUCGGGCCCACUGACCGUUUCUUUGAACUCGGAGGACACUCCUUACUGCAGAUCAAAGUCGCUCAAGCCAUUUCCAAACACUGGGAUAUACGGCCAUUACCGCUCCAGCAUGUCAUUCGCCACCAUAGCCUUCGGGAUCUGUCAUUUGCCAUCGAUGAGCUCUCAAGUGAUUCGACAAGCAAGGUGUCAACUACACCAUUCCUUCAGACAUCUCCGGUGCCAAGAGACGGCCAACUUCCUCUGUCGUACCUCGAAAAAGAAAUGCUACUCAACCACCUCAUAUCUGGCGGCUCUCCGGCAGGAAACAUGAACUUUGUCUGCAGUAUUCGAGGCAAUAUCAACGCCGGGGUCUUGGCAGAUGCGUUUCACAGAGUUACUGCAGAUGUCGAAGUGUUUCGAACCAGGUAUUCUGUUGUAGACGGCACUCUCUUCCGACAACAGGCUCCUACAACUAAGAAUAUUCCUUGUGUGGUCCAAACUGGCAACCUCGACUCAUUUGUCCACCAGAAAAUCACCAGAUCUUUCGAUCUGAGUACAGAACCGCCAUUAGACGUCUCAAUCAUUAUAGGGAACCCAGUGCAAACAAUGCUGGUAAUUGUCAUGUCACACGUCGUCGGUGACGCAGUCACGAUGGCAACUUAUCUCAAACGAGUCUCUCAGACAUAUCAUCUCCUAACUUCAAACGUCUUAGCGGCCAACCUCACGCCCACACCAGAUGCCUUGGCCUAUAUUGACUGGGCGCAAUGGGCUUCAGCACUCGAAGACAAUCAUCGUGCCCUCUCAUUCUGGUCAUCCUAUCUUUCCAACCCCCCAUCGCCGCUUACAUUCGGCAAUCCUUCCUUAGGAGCAGUAACGUACAUGGGCCUUACUCGCUCCUGGACGCUUCCUUCCUCAAUGCACCGCAGCUUAUCUAAGCUUGCAGAGAAAUCUACAGUAACGAUGCAUCAGCUCAUCCUGGGAGCCGUAUUUAUUAGUCUGCAGUGUGUUGAUCACCGAGACGACAUCAUCCUCGCAGCCCCUUUUACCCACCGCUCAGAGCCUGGCACUGAGUCGAUCCCAGGCCUCUUCCUCGACCGACUCCUUCUCAGGGUUCAACGGCUUCCUGGCCAGAACUCCCUCUUCGGGUUCCUCUCCUCAAUACGUGAAACUAGUCAGCAAGCUCUGGCACACAUCAUUCCCUACCAGUCCCUCUGCUCUCAUCUUGGCCACAAACCAAGCCUCAUCAACCCUCUCUUUAAAGUCAUGGUAGCCUACCACAUCGCCGCUGAACAGCAGUCCCUACUUGAGCUUCACGGCGCAGAAGUCCAGCCCAUCCCGUGCCGUGAAACAGGCGGGUCCAAGUUCCCCUUAAAGGUUGAGUUCACCGAGACAGCAGUUGAAGAUCUCCAGGUUGACCUGGAGUAUGACUUGGGAUGCAUCAGUGAAGAUAUCGCCAUGAGGCUUGAAUUCGCCCUUUCUUUUACGUUACAGCUUAUGGUUACUGAAAAGGAUGUUGGGGAUAUUAUUCAGCUGGUUGAGAUGUCAUUUCGUCCUGGUACAGAACAUGGACAAGAGGAAUCGGUCUCAGGGCAGACUAACGGAGAAAGUAAGACAGAUUGUCUUAUGGAAGUGACAUGGCCUGUAAUGAGCGUUGUGGGUGCAGUUUCUGAGUGUCUUGGACUCGAAGCCGAGGCAGUAAGCCCUGAGAAGUCAUUUUGGGAUCUGGGUGGUCAGAGCAUGGAUGCUCUGAAACUUCAACACCUAUGCGAGAAGCGAGGAGUGCGGGUGGGACUACGGGAUAUCUUCAUUUCCCGCAACAUUGUAGAGCUAUCAGCUUGCGCUGAGGCUAUGUAG